AUGUGGGGGGAAUUUGUGACAAAUGGUGAAGGUGAAGUGAGAUAUAAUGGAGGUGGCGUGAGGUUAAGAAGCAUUAAGGAUGGGCUAACACUUGAUGAAUUGAGGCUAAUGAUAUGUGAGUGGAUUGGUGGUGAUGGAAGAAAUUAUGACAUUAAGUACACAGUAGCCUUUGAUGAGAAGACAUUGAUUGACCUUCAUGACAAUGCUGAAAUGUAUAACCUCUUUCAAUACAAUGGGAACAGCAGUCAUGUGUAUGUGGCCGAAAAAAGACAAAACAGAGAGAUUCAUGGGCAUGUCACAGCAAACGGAACUGGAUGCGUCUCCCAUAAUUUGUGUUGUGAUUAUGGCUGGCUCAGUGAAGAAAAUGCUCGUGAAUGUGACAAUGAUGAAAUAAGUAGGCCCCCUAAUGUGGAUAAAUCUAUCAGAGCUGAAGAUACGGAUGGUAGUGAGAUGGUUCAUGCGGAAUGGAGGGGACUUUUUACAGGAGUGGGCCAACGUUUUCCUGGUGUAGAUGUAUUUCGAGUGUCUGCAUACAAGUUUGCACUUGUAAACAAGUUUAUGGCCAAGUAUGUGAGGAAUAGUAAGGAAUUCAUGUCGAUGAGGUGUAAAGUUGAGAGUUGUCCAUGGAAGCUAUAUGCAAAUCAUGUGGAGAAGAGUUGUGAUGUGCUAAGAGUGACGACAUUUAUAAACUGGCAUGUUCAUUCUGCCCAAGAUAGCUUGGACGUGAUGCAUAGUGGAAGAGCUAGUUUGAACUCAUCAAUAAUAAUUGAUGAGAUGAGGGAUCAUGCAGACAAGAGCACUUCUGAGAUAAGGAAGAGGUUGAAACGAGAGUAUGGGAUUGAUCUAACAUAUAAACAGGCUUAUAGAGCAAGAGAGAAGUCAUUGGAAGACAUAUAUGACAGGCCUGAACAAUCAUACAUGCUCAUACCAUGGGUAUGCGAAAGGAUAAAGGAAACAGAUGAAAAAUCGGUUUGA